AUCCCUUCAACUGAAUGGCUACCAUUUGAACACACCCACAAUUGCACUACCAUAAAACCACCUUUGGCUCUCUGGCAUCUGCAACAAUGGCGACUCUGCAAACUAUGGCGUUCUCAUCACCGGUCUCUCAUUGUUGUAAAAAACCUCAAUUUCUUCCAGGAACGAUAUCAGGAGUUGUUUGUCACAGUUCGCGAUCUGCAUUCACUGGUCAAGCAUUGAGCAUACCGAUUUCAAGGCAAAAUCCCAACAGAUUGAACAACUGUCGCACAUUUACACUCACUAUACAGAUGGUGAAACCAUCAAUCCAGUUCAUACCAGGUAAAGAUGAACAGACGAUACCAGACGUGAAGCUAACGAAAUCAAGGGAUGGGACUAAUGGUAUGGCGAUUUUCAAGUUUGACCAACCAUCUGUGUUUGACUCAUCUGGUGAAGUUGGAGAUAUUACUGGUUUUUUCAUGAUUGAUGAUGAAGGGACACUCCAGUCAGUUGAUGUCAGUGCCAAAUUCGUCAAUGGAAGACCCGCAGGGAUUGAAGCCAAGUAUGUGAUGCGGACUCCACGAGAUUGGGACAGGUUCAUGAGGUUCAUGGAGCGUUAUGCUAAUGUCAAUGGAUUGCAGUUCAUCAAAAGCUAAAGGCAAUGUAUAUAUCCUACCCUACCUUACCCUACCCCUGUGUUUUUCUUUACUGUAAUUAGGUCAUCCGAAAUGUGACACAUUUGAGAUAUUAUGAGUACAAUCUACGGAUAAAGUUUCAAAUUCAA